UGUCAUUUGUCUCCGAAGCGGUGUGUUGGCUUUUCUCGAUUUGUUGAAAGGAAGAAAAAAGAAAUAAUUGCCGGCGUUUUUUCUACUUUUUAUUAAAUACUUCUACAAUGAAAUUGUUUUCGAUAGUUUUGAUUGCAAUUUCAGCAAUUGCCCUCACUCAUGGGGCCAUCGAUGCUGAAGUUGUGAAUAAAAACGUGGAGCGCACCAUCGAUCUAACAUCACAACUCGUUAAGACUUCGUAUAAAAUUAUCUUGGAACAUUCCGCAAAGAAGGGCAUCACCGCCUAUAGUCUUGUGAUACCACGCAAUGAUCGUCAGCAUUUGGCCUUUAUUUCGGCUAAGGAUUCAUCGAAGAAGGAAUUGAAAUACUCCGAGAAGGAAAACAGCAACGGCGUUGAGUUUCUUUUGACAUUCCCAAGUGCCGCUCCCACGCAGGUCGUUUAUGUGGAGACCGUAUCGACCAAAGCCCUCACUCCCCAUCCGGCUAAGAUCACACAAUCUGAGAAGCAAUUGGUUAGGUAUUUCGGCAGUGUUUACUUCUAUAGUCCCUACAAAACGCUCACCCAAAAGACAACCGUUCACUUGAGCUCGCAGAGCAUCGAAUCCUACACUCAAACAAAGCCGGUCGCAGUCUCUGGAAGCACCAUCAGCUAUGGACCAUUUGAAAACAUUGAAGCUUUCACUCCAGCAGAACUUGUUGUCCACUAUGAGAAUCACACCCCCUUCUUAUCUGUGACGCGCUUGGAGCGUACGUUGGAGGUCUCCCACUGGGGCAACAUCGCCGUCACCGAGAACAUCGACAUGGUCCAUUCUGGUGCGGAAUUGAAGGGAUCCUUCUCCCGCUAUGAAUUCCAAAAGGACGCUCGCAGUGGUCAGGCAGCCGUCAAGUCGUACAAAACCAUGUUGCCGGCAUCGGCUACAGGAGUCUACUAUCGCGACACUAAUGGCAACAUUUCCACCUCGAACAUGAAGGUUCUCCGCGAUUCCGUUGAACUGGACCUUCGUCCGCGCUUCCCACUUUUCGGAGGCUGGAGGACUUUCUACACUCUGGGCUACAACGUACCCUCAUUUGAAUACCUUUUCAACUCGGGCGAGAACUUCAUCCUCAAGAUGCGCAUCAUUGACCACAUCUACGACGAUAUGGUCGUCGAUGAGGCAACAGUUAAAAUCAUUCUGCCCGAAGGAUCCACCAACAUCAAGCUGAUCACUCCUUAUUCGGUGAGUCGUCUGCCCGACAGCUUGCACUUCACCUACUUGGACACCUUCGGACGUCCAGUGAUCUCAUUCACCAAGAAGAACCUCGUCGAGAACCACAUUCAUGACUUUAACUUGAAGUACAACUUCUCACGGAUCACCAUGCUGCAGGAGCCUCUGUUGGCUGUUGGAUUCUUUUUUGCGUUGUUUGUCCUCGUCAUAAUCUGCCUACGUUUGGACUUCUCCAUUUCCAAGGAAAAGGAGCCACAUGCACACAAAGAAUAAAUCAAAAUACUUUAGUCUGUUUUUCAAGUUCUUAUUUUUUAAUCUAAAUGUAACACGCGAGGCAAAUGCAUUUUAUAAACAAUGAGCUGCUUAUGGAGUGCAGCAUCACAUUCGUUCUUGAAUUCGUAUUAGGGCUCCUAUUUUUUUUGUAGGACAAAAGCGAACAAUAAAAAUAAAUAAAACAACUAA